GUGCUCUCGCCCCGCCCCUUCCUCUCUGCGGCGCGAGCUGGGCGUGUUGACAGACGGACGGACGAGCCAGCAACAUCUGUACCUGGAAGUCACGCAGAGCACCACAGCUCGCUUUCUGCCAUCAAGUUUUCAAAGUGUCGCUGCCUGAAGGUGACAAAAGAUGUUUGCGAUCAAACUUAUUGGGGGCAUCAUUGAUGCAGUGAGCAACAUUGACCCAGGCCAGUUUAUACCAUCUGAACCUGUUCCACCGCGCAUGCCGCUGGCGUACGCAGAGCAGAAUGAGAGCGACGAAGAGAGACAGUUCCGCAAAGUCUUCCAGCAGCUCGCAGGAGAUGACAUGGAAGUGAGCCCCAAUGAGCUGAUGAACAUCCUGAACAGAAUUGUUUCCAGACAUGCAGACCUGAAGACUGAUGGGUUCAGCAUUGAAUCUUGUCGGAGUAUGGUGGCAGUUAUGGAUAGUGACAGCACUGGGAAACUCGGAUUCCAUGAAUUCAAACACCUCUGGAACAAUAUCAAGAAGUGGCAGGGAAUAUACAAGAGCUAUGAUGCAGAUAGCUCUGGUUUCAUUGGUGCAGAUGAACUACCCAAUGCCUUCAGGGCUGCUGGCUUCCCCCUCAAUGACCAGCUGUUCCAGAUGAUUAUUCGCAGAUACAGCGAUGAAAAUGGGAACAUGGAUUUUGACAACUACAUUGGCUGCCUCGUGAGGCUGGACGCCAUGUGUCGUGCCUUCAAAACUCUGGAUAGGGAUAACAGUGGGACUAUCAAGGUCAAUGUUCAAGAGUGGCUCCAGUUGACCAUGUACUCUUGAGCACAGAACGUUUCCUCUUCUGGUUACAGAACCACUUUCUGUCUACACAAUAUACUUCUCACCAUCCCUACAACUCCCCCCGUGUUAAUCAGCCUAUCCCAUGUGUGUGCAGGUUUUAUGUGAAUAUGAAUGCAACAUUUCAUAUUUCAGCAUAGCGAUGUGGGAUUAUUCACUGUCCCAUUUUGCUUGCAGAACAGAACUGAUGCUAGGGACCCUGUAAGAUGUGAAGCCUGCACUCACAACAGUGCCCUCAGUUCGCAGACAACUUUUGUAUGUAUGAGUGCCAUUGAAUGCCCCGGAGAAGCCUCGUUCAUGGACCAGGGGCAUAACGUUAGGAGCCUCUUGAGUUAUUUUCUUGGUUUAUAAAGUCUAACCCACAAACCAUGCAUAGAUGUCUCUUCUUUCAGUCAAGAUGGCAGCAGUACCUUCAGCUUUGCACUGUGGAAACGUCCAAAAAACAAAACAAAACAAAAAAAUCUCGUGAACCCCUUUUUCUCUUGCACCUGGUCCAUUGAUGAUGCUUACUCACUGGAAGAGGGCGACAGCUCACCACUUGAUAAAAGGGAAAGUUUGGCAGUUUUAGAGUUAUGGAUUAUGUUUCACUCACAUGACACCGCGCUGCAUCUUCAUUUAGCUGUUGUGAAGCAAGCUGUGGUUUAAAUAUGCACUAUUCGAUGUCACAGCAUAACAAUCCUGAGAGUAAUGUGCAUUGUGGAGACCUGCGACAUGAUGAUAUAAAACCAACUUGCAAAGAUCAGCCAUGUUUGCACUUUUGUCCUCCUCUCUAAAGUUUAACACCCCCCUGGAAGCGAAUGAGUGCAUGGUGGCAUUGAGCCGAAAAGGCCACAUGCACACCUCCAUCUUCCCGUGGUGUUUACGUUUGGAGGGGUGAGAGAGAGGAGUGGCUUUACUAAGAGUUUACAGAUGAACUUAGUUCCUGCUCUCAGUACCAUCUAAUGUUCAGAUAAAUUUUCAUAGUGCAUGUGUAAACAGUUAUACACUCCAUUGCUUUGACAGUGGCCAGGGACUAACAUUUGAGGCGCGUUGUUUCUGCACAGCUGUAAGCCAUCUUUUCUGUGUCUGUCAGCUGAUAUAGUCAUGAGUGAAGCGUAAUAUAUACUUCUAAAAAUUCCACACUUUCUUACAAGUUACCUACUGUUUAGUUUCAUUGAAAUAUUCAGUGUAUCCAAGUUAUCUCUUCUGUGAUACUAAUGUGCAUUGACACCAAGAGGGAAUGCAUUGGUGGCCAAGUUGAUGUGCCAUCUAGUGUUUAAUGCUGGUAAUGGCACUUUGCCAUUGCAUUCUCCUUGGCUUCUUGUUUGCUUACUGAUCAUUUCUGUGUUGCACUCUUUGUCUAUUUCAAAAUGCCUAUACGACAUAAUGCCAGCAAACUGUUGGAACUGAUAAUAUAUAGCAAAGAUGUUUAUCCCACUGCUGCAUGCAGCCAAUUGUAGAUGCCAUUUAACAGUUUCACUUGUACUUAGUUAUUGCCAUAGUCACUGAAAUAUUACUGACAUGCCUGGUAGGACAAGUACCUGUGCCAUCUUUGGAAUAAAAGCGACAGAAUACAA